AUGGUCGACAACGCAUAUCCCCCCACAAUGCUCCACGACUUUGAGCUCUACUCUCACGAGCAAGAGCAGCAGUUGCAGUACCUCCCCACCACACAGCCCUUCCUCUCCUCAUCAACAUAUAGCAUGGAGCAGUCAUUUAGCGCACCAUACGAGCACAUGCUACCCCUGGUUGAAGCACCAAGACCGCAAUAUCACUACGAUCACAUUGCUCAUGGACACAAGCUUGCACAACAGUACAACUACCACAGCCCUUCUGGAUCCCCACACUCAACCUUGAACUCGUUUCAAGAUCAGCCUCCAGUUCUCUCUGCCUCUUCUGAAUCUGGUGCUUCAGCAUCGUCCUCUGCUCUGGGCUCACCUUCGAUCACUCCCCAGUUCGAAAUGGAGUCCUGGAACCCAAUGGUCAUGAUGACCUCGGGCCUCGAGUACCCAACCAUUGUUGCAGCCGAAAAGUCAUUCGUUGACCCGAACGUCAUUCAGCCAUUCGCAUUUGCUCCCCAUAGCCCCUUCCCCGAAAUCCGAACAACAUCCUCGGAUUAUUUCUCCAUCGUUGAGCAGCCUGCGUCGCCAGCUCUGUCUCAGCUCUCAGCGCAGAGCCCGCGCCCAUGCAUUAAGCAGGGUAGCGCUUCGCCCUUCCUCCAAACACAUUUCCACCCUUACCAAAGGCGUGGCUCAGUAGCAUCGCUGCACUCGCACCACUCAAACACAAGCCGACGUAGCGGCAGCAGAAGCAGCUUUGAACUGGAUGAUGAGACAAUGCAGAAGGGCAUGUGCCCACUGCCAGAGUGUGGACGCGUGUUCAAGGACUUGAAGGCCCACAUGCUUACGCACCAGAACGAACGCCCGGAGAAGUGCCCAAUCGCCACCUGCGAGUACCACGUCAAAGGCUUCGCAAGAAAGUACGACAAGAACAGGCACACACUUACUCACUACAAGGGUACCAUGGUGUGUGGAUUCUGCCCCGGCAGUGGGUCGGCAGCGGAGAAGAGCUUCAACCGCGCCGAUGUCUUCAAGAGGCAUCUCACAUCCGUUCACGGUGUUGAGCAGAGCCCUCCCAACAGCCGAAAGAAGAGCCCCGGUGGUGCACGCAAGGCAUACUGCCCACAGAUUGCUGGUACCUGCUCGACUUGCUCGGUCACUUUCGCCAACGCCCAGGAGUUCUACGAGCACUUGGACGACUGCGUGCUACGCGUCGUGCAACAAGCUGACCCCUGCGAGGCCACCAACCAGCGUCUGUUGACUUCCGUUGCCGAGGACAAGGACGUCACUGACACACUGGACCGCAACGGCCUCUCCAAGAGCAUCGAGUAUACCAUCCCCAACUACAACGAUGACGAGGAAGAGGAAGACUUUGAGGAGGAGAUCGACAACGACGACCAGGAUGAUGCUACCUACGGCAGCCGCCGCGCGCGCUCCGGCAAGGGCAGCAUCAAGAACACAUCGCAACACGUCGGGGGUGGUAACCCCUCCAAAGUCACAAAGCCUGUUCGUGGUCCACGAGCAGGUCUCACCUUCUCCAAGGGCGGUGUCGCAGCCACCUCCUCGGGCCGCAAGAAGCGCAAGAACUAUCCUCUUGCGUGGGGCUGUCCUACAGAGCGGAUGAAGAUGAAGAAGCGCGUCAUGUGUGUCUACGACGGCCCAAGGCGACUCUGGAAAGACGACAUGAUGCUCGACUCCGAGUUCGAGGUCCGCAUGAAGAUGCCUGAUGGCAAGAGCUAUGUGACCGACCUCGAUGUACAGACUAUGAAGCGCGCUGACGCACUUCACAAUGCAACACCCGAGGAGAAGGGACACUGGGUCCCAGAUAACAUGAGAAAUAUGGGCGAAUAUGUCUUUUGA